ACCACAUAAAUAUGAUGUUCGCUUCACUUUGCUCGUUUCAAUUAAUUGUAUUUUUAUUAAUUUAUAAAUUAAAUGGUGCCAAUACCACUGGCAAAUUCUAUACAACAGACGAAAAUAAAAAAUAUUAUAUAAAUGAUGAACAAAAGUACACUUGGUUUGAUGGACUCAGCGAAUGUCUGAAACUGAACAUGACAUUGGUCAGCGUCGAAACGAGUCUUAAGUCGCAGGAAGUAAAUACGUUGGUAAAAAACACUUUUGACAGAAUAGUUAUUCUGUGGGUGGGUGGUAUUAUGACCCGUUACCCCGAUUCACGUCACUAUAUAUGGAUUGCGACAGGUCAACCAUUCAAUUAUACCUAUUGGCAUGGUAAAAAUCCAGACUUUAAAGGCAAUAACGAAUAUUGCAUACAAAUUGGUUGGGGCCCCAAUAUGGAAUGGAAUGAUAAUAGAUGUACAUCCAAUUAUGGUUUCAUGUGUGAAGAUCACCGGCAGAACUCUGUAAUAGAUAGUGUUAAGGAGCAUGAAAAACUCAAACAGAAUUUGAUCAUGGAAAUAAAAGAGCAACAUAAUUUACAGCAAGAUCUACAAAAAUAAAUAGAGUUGGCACAAGCCUUAAAGGAGCAGUUGAAAACAAUUAAAGAAGAAACUGAAUUAAGGAAACAAGAGCUGGUUAAAGAAAUUGCACAAAUGGCAGUAAAAGAGAAAAAUAAUUUACAGCCAGCAUUACAGAAACAACAACAAGUACUAGGGGAAGAAAUACAAAAAGAGCAAAUUGAUGAGAGAAAGAACAAAUAUCAACAGCUUAGUUUUCAGUUUAAUCAAAAUAAAUAUUUUUUCUCAAAUGCCGAAAUACCGUUGAACGGAAAUAAUUAAGGCAGUCAAGAUUUAUAGUUUCGUUAUGAAAUCAAUUAAAAUUGUAGUUAUUAAAAUGUUUUUGUUACGCUACUUCGUCAGAGUAUAUUUUGAUAUUCAAAUAAAAUUAUAUUAAAUCACAAUUAAAUAAUAA